CCGCCGCUCCCGCACCCGCACCCGCACCCCAGCGCCCGCCGCCCGGGGCCACAGGACCAUGAGCCUGGACCUCCCCAGGAGAUGCCUUCUGAUGCUGCUGGUGGCUCUGAACCUGACCCAGGGCGACCCUGUGAGGGCCUCUCGGGGGCCGCUGCUGACCUGCACGUGUAAGGGCCCGGGAUGCCAGGGGCCUACCUGCCGGGGAACCUGGUGCACCGUCGUGCUGGUGCGGGAGGAGGGCAGGCACCUCCAGGAGCACCGGGGCUGCGGGAACAUGCAUCCCGAGCUCUGCUGGGCCCGCGCCACGGAUGUCCUCAACCACUACUGCUGCUACAGCUCCCUGUGCAACCACAACGUGUCCCUGGAGCUGGAGGCCCUCCCCACCCCGGAGCAGCCGCCAGUAGAGAGCCAGCUGCCUCUGAUCCUGGGCCCUGCGCUGGGCUUCCUGGUCCUGGUGGUCUCGUGUGCCCUGGGCCUGUGGCAUAUCCGGCGGCUGCAGAAGAAGCAUCAGCACCUGCACAGCGAGCUGGGCGAUUCCAGGCUCAUCCUGAAGGCAUCCGAGCAGGGGGACAGCAUGUUGGGGGACUUCCUGGACAGUGACUGCACCACAGGCAGCGGCUCGGGGCUCCCCUUCCUGGUGCAGAGGACGGUGGCCCGGCAGGUGGCCCUGGUGGAGUGUGUGGGAAAGGGCCGCUAUGGCGAAGUGUGGCGAGGCCUGUGGCAUGGUGAGAGUGUGGCGGUCAAGAUAUUCUCCUCGAGGGACGAGCAGUCCUGGUUCCGGGAGACUGAGAUCUACAACACAGUGCUGCUCAGACACGACAACAUCCUAGGCUUCAUAGCCUCGGACAUGACCUCCCGCAACUCGAGCACGCAGCUGUGGCUCAUCACGCACUACCACGAGCACGGCUCCCUCUACGACUUCCUGCAGCGGCAGACGCUGGAGCCGCGCCUGGCGCUCAGGCUGGCCGUGUCGGCGGCCUGCGGCCUGGCGCACCUGCACGUGGAGAUCUUCGGCACGCAGGGCAAGCCGGCCAUCGCCCACCGCGACCUCAAGAGCCGCAACGUGCUGGUCAAGAGCAACCUGCAGUGCUGCAUCGCGGACCUGGGCCUGGCUGUGAUGCACUCGCAGGGCAGCGACUACCUGGACAUCGGCAACAACCCACGUGUGGGCACCAAGCGGUACAUGGCCCCUGAGGUGCUGGACGAGCAGAUCCGCACCGACUGCUUCGAGUCCUACAAGUGGACGGACAUCUGGGCCUUCGGCCUGGUGCUGUGGGAGAUCACCCGCCGGACCAUCGUCAACGGCAUUGUGGAGGACUAUAAGCCACCCUUCUAUGACGUGGUGCCCAAUGACCCCAGCUUUGAGGACAUGAAGAAGGUGGUGUGUGUGGACCAGCAGACCCCCACCAUCCACAACAGGCUGGCUGCAGACCCGGUCCUCUCGGGGGUGGUCCAGAUGAUCCGGGAGUGCUGGUAUCCCAACCCCUCGGCUCGCCUCACUGCGCUGCGCAUCAAGAAGACACUGCAGAAACUCAGCAACAGCUUCGAGAAGCCCAAAGUGAUCGACUAGCCACCAGCAGACACCUGGCUCCCCUCAGCCUGCUGAGUGUGUGUGUGUGUGUGUGUGUGUGUGUGUGUGUGUGUGUGUGUUUAGGGGCGAGGGGAGCAGUGAAUGGUGGUCUGUCUGGAUGGAGGUAGUGUGUGUGUGUGUGUGCUGGAGAGGGGGUGCCCCUCUGGGGGCAGCUGUGCCUGCCCGGCUCUGCCCCCAGCCCAUCCGGCCCAAAAUACAGCUGGGCUGAAACCCGAUCUCCCGCUGUCUGGCCCACUCAGAGCAGCAGGCUCCCUGACGCCUGGCUCUGUCCCCACCACCAUGCCCUGGGCGCCCUCCCUGCCACCCAGGACACAGCGAAGGAGGCCCCAGUACCAGGGCGGCCACGCCAGGGAAUCCCAGUCUCUUGGGCCAAGAGCCUGGGCCUGCACUUUACCCCCUGCCCUCGGUCAACCCCACUGACCUACCAGAGCUGCCACGUGGCACAGGGCCCCGUCUGCCUUCAGCAGACACCCUACCCUGCCAGGCCCUCGCCUCUGGCCAAGCCCCAGACACCCAGGACCCAUGAGUUUGUAUCUCAGCUCCAUGAUGCCUUGGGCCUCUGUCUCCUGGACAAGACCCCCUGCUAGCUGCCUACCAGCUGCCUGAGAGACCUGGGGCCUAGUCUGGGCCCCUCCUCUAUCCCCAUCCAACUGACUUAUGGGGCAUUAAAACCAAGGAGCCCUGCUGUGGGUGUGGCAGGGUCAUAGGCCAUUGGAGAAGUGGCGGGUCAGAUGGGGAAGGCCCAGGACUUUCAGAAUAACUGAGAGGACACGGCUGGGAAGGGCUCCGGUCCUGGAUGCUUGCACCUGUUUCUUCAGGUGCAUAUGGAAAGAGGUGGUCCUGAUGUCCUCUGAGGUGUUUCAGCUCUAAUUUUCUUCGCAGUGCCAUCCUGUGCAAACUCAGUUCCUAGUGCCUUCUACGAUGCCCAGCCCCUGGCUAUUUGUCCCAUGAUGGGCUUUGCACAUAAGCUUAUCUGAGGCCAGAAGUGUCUAACAUGCCUCCUCGUCUAAUUCCCCAGGCUCCGGUUCCUACCCAUGCCCAUCCUUGGGCUCAGACAGCCCCUGGCCUUUUGGCAGACAAGCCAGCCUCAGCCCCCUCCGUGGCUUUGCCUUCUCUACCCAGAGCUGAGAGGGGUGAGCCUGGCUUCCGGCAGGGCCUCCAAGGCUCAGGAGAAACCUGACUCCAGCCAGGAAGCCUCUAGCUCCCAGGGUCCUGCUCCCCACUGCCCUCGGCCCAGGCCCACACCCUGGGCCACGCCCCAGAAAGCGUAUGCCUAGAAAGAAUCUGGUGGUUGUAGAGAAACACAGGGACACUUUGGCGCCUGGAGGUCAAAGGUGUGCGUCUAUGCACAGAGGGGGUUACCCCAGGCAGGUGGGUGGUCUGGGGGGCUGUAGGGGUGGAGGUGGGGCUCAUGGGGCAAGGACAGCCCCAAACUUGGGGAGACCUGAGCUCACAGCCCUCAGCCCUUGGGGCAGGGGGAGAGAAGCCCUCAGUUCCUACAGGAGGGGAAGAAAACAGCCUCCUGCUGUACAUGACCCAGAGCGACCUUCCAGGCCAGUGCCUGCCACUAUCACCCAGGGCGCGUUCCCAGGCCUGCUCCCAGCGUUGUGCAAGGUCCUGGGGGAGAACCAGGAAGUGAAACUGAGUGAAAACAGAAAGCUCCAUGGACCUGCUGGCUUCCCAGAUCGUCACGGGGCAGCUUGCUUCACGCCUCCUCGUCACUGGAACCCACCCAGCCCGGGAAUCAGCGCUCCCCUGAAGGAAUUUUGGGGGGCCAACAGGCUCCUUCCGAGACUCCACAGCCAAAAGCUGAAGGCAGCAGCUCCUCAAGGACUAGAAGAUCCCUGAGAGGAGGAUGGAGGCAGGAGGGGAGUGACAGGGGGAGGGUUAGAAAAGGCGGCCAGGCAGGGGAGGGGGCGCUGGCGAGCUGUCGAUGUGAUGCUUGGGCCUGAGGGCAGGAAGGCGGGCCAGGUCAAAAGGACUCUCUUACCCCGGAGAUAUUGCUUGUGGGAGCACUUAACUGGGGCUUGGCACCCAGUAGGUCGCCAAUAAAGCCGUGGUUGAAUCCUGA